AUGCUCCGCUACACAACUUCUCUCGCCCUUGCCUGCGCGACCGUGCUCCUCGUCGUCCCACAUGCAUGGCCUGUCACCACGGAUGCCGCCCGCGCUGCUGUCACCGUCGUCCAAACAGCGCUCGUUUGGCCGGUGGUCCUCUACCAUAGCGCGUUGCCGGUGCGGCUGCUGGCGCUCGUCUUCGCGGCGCUUGGUUGUGUGCAGCAGGCGUUCGUGUUAGGCAUCAACACGGGAGAAUUCUACCCGCAUCUCAUCCCUGGCCUUCUCCUCAUGCGGGGCGGCGUGCUCGCGCUAGGCUCGAGCGGCCUGCCCUUUCCCAUCGCCGCCUCGCAGGGCGUCUGCACCCUCGCCGUGCUGCUACUCCUUGCGGUGGGGCAGUGGUACCAGACUCUGCUGGGCCGUGGGCUGCACGUCGCGCACGUUGCGCAUGAGCUGAUGUUUAUAGUGGUCGGCUGCCUCGUCCUCACUGGCACGCUGCAGUCUGUGCUCCCCGCACCGCGCGCCGCGCGUCUGCAGGAGGCGCGACGCCUCCUUGAGCCCAUUUGCUACGCCGCCCUCGGCGUCCUCUUUCUCUCGCACAUCCACGACAAGUCCGCCGUCGGCACCGCGUGGCACGUCGUCCUUGGCUGGGCCCUCAUUGGCCAAGCCGCCGCCCUCCUGCUAGCCAGCUUUGUGCAUGCGCACAACCCGCCGCAGGGCGUGGCCAGCCUCGCCAACGCGUGCGUCGCAUACGCGUGGGUGAUGCCGGGCGUGUGGCUCAUCCACAUGGCGAGCUUCCACUACCUCUUCGCGCGCGGCUGGCACAACGACGUCGACAUCAAGCAAGGGGUGCACCACCUACUCUGGCCCGGAGAGCUGGCCACGGACGCCGCGACGGUGAAGGACGACGCCAAGGCGCGCGAGUACAUUGGUGUCUACCUCACCGUCGACCUGCUCUUCUCGGCCGCGCUUGUGCUCGCAGCCAUCCUCGGCGGCAGCAACGGCGGCCGGGGCGACCUGAUACCCUCCAAGGAGCUUGAUGAUGACGGCGACCUGCCCCUGCCAACACGCACGCACAACGCCGACAACACUGUCAAGAUGAGCAAUCCGCUCGUUGCGCCGGUACAGGAAAAUGUAUCUCCAUUCACGACUAACAGAUUCGGCAGCUAG